GAGCUGUUUCUUUUAUUUUUUGGAGGGGGAUUUGGAGGUUGUUGGGUUUUUUUUGUUUUUUUUUUUGAGGGAGGGUGGCUUUUAGAAACAGAACAUAGCGAGGGAGCGAGCUUACAUCUUAGAAACGUUGUGGUAUAGGCUGAGGUUAUCAGGAGGAGCUGGUCUGACACCAAAGCAGCCAUGCAAGGAACAAACUGGGUGCAAGUGACCCCUCGGAGCUGCCACCAUGGCCCUGGUUCAGGCUCUCCCCAUAUCUGCUGAGCCCCACACCCCCAGCCACAGUGGAGGAGCUCGCCGACGACACCAGUCUGGCCCUUCACCCCCCAUCCACCUGCCGCCACCCAUUCUGGACCCAAUGGGCUCAGGCAGUAGCCUCGUCACCACACGUCCCAAUCCCUACCAGGACCACCGCUCUGCUGUAGAGCUGGUGGGCAGAGGUCGGCGGCCAACGCCGGGGGCUUCCUGCUUAGGCUCCGAGUCACCCAGAGACCCACUGCUGCAAAACGUCCCACCGCCGAAGAAACAGAACUCCACAACAUCUGGCAGAGGACUGGAGAAGGAGUGUCGGAAUGGGAACUAUACUUAUAUAAACGAGGACUAUGUGGGGGACUGGAACGACAACCUCGUUAGACCUCCGAGCYUGGAAAGCGAGCUGGAAGAGACUAAAGAGGGUCUCGGGUUGAAUGGGAACGUGGGCGGACCUCCUCCGAGACUCAUCCCAGUGUCAGGAAAACUGGAAAAGAACAUGGAGAAAACAGUGCUGCGGCCCACUGCCUUCAAACCUGUCAUUCCCAAGAGCCGCUCCGCCAUGCAGUAUCUCUCCCCUCGCCACGGUGCCAGUGCCCCUGAAGGCCAAAACAACCUGAACCUGCUCAGCCCCGCCCACAGGGAGGUGUCCCCGUCCUGCUCUGAGAAACGCAGCUCCUACAGCGGCGGUCGCAACGCCAGCAGCGGCAGCAGCCAGUCUUGCUCGUUGUCCGACUCKGGCCGCAACUCCCUCUCCAGCCUGCCGCCUUACAACGGUGCCACCUACAGUCUUGCGUCGGCCGAGGUCCCUACAGGUCACCUGGAGCCCAUAAGGAGCGUCCCAUCGGUCGGCACGCAYGGACACACCAACUCAGACAGCGGCCGCUCGUCCUCCAGUAAGAGCACGGGCUCUGGCUCCAUAAGCKGCCGGGGUCAGCCUCUGUCCGACAGCGGGUCCGGCGGACGCUCCCCCGGCCCCGUGGAGGGCUACGAGGGCGUGGUGAGGGACCUGGAGGACAAACUGAGGGAGAGGGAGCUGGAGCUGCAGCAACUCAAAGACAACCUGGACGAUAACGAAGCUGCUAUUUGCCAGGUUUACGAGGAGAAGCAGAAGCGCUUCGAGUUGGAGCUGGAGGAGCUGAGACAGAGCUGUGCCACCAGGAUGCAGGUGGCGUCUCAGAAGGCCCAGCGUGCUCAACAGGUGCUGCAGCUGCAGGUUUAUCAGCUCCAGCAGGAGAAGAAGAAGCUGCAGGAGGACUUUGCUCAACUCUUAAAGGAGAGGGAGCAGCUGGAGGAGCGCUGCACAUCCUAUGAGCACGAGAAGAUUCAGCUGGGGCCUCGGCUGGAGGAGACCAAGUGGGAGGUGUGUCAGAAGUCGGGGGAGAUCUCCCUGCUGAAGCAGCAGCUGAAGGAGGUGCAAAGCGAGUUGGCUCAGCGCGUGGGCGAGAUCGUCUCUCUGCGAGGUCAGCUCAGAGAGACUCGCGGCGAACUCACCAACACUCAGGUGCUGCUCCAGGAGGCCCAUGGCACGACGCGCACGCGGACCAUGGAGCUGGAGGUGUGCGAGAACGAGCUCCAACGUCGAAAGAGCGAGGCGGAGCUGCUCAGAGAAAAGGUGGGGCGCUUGGAAGGAGAGCUGGCUCACCUCAAGGACACCCUGGCCAAUCAGGGCCCAGGAAACAGACAAUGUCAGGUGUUCCAGGAAGCCGAGGAGCACCUGCUCGCCUACGAAAGCGAUGAGGCGAAGGCCCAGCGGCAGAGCAGCGCCGAGGCGCUGCAGGGCAUGAGGGCGCAGAUGGAAGGUUUGAAAUCAGAGUUGGCCUUCGAACGCAAGAAGGUCGAACAGCAAGCAGGCGGCUUUGAGGAGGAGAGGCAGAUAUGGCAGGAGGAGAAGGACAAAGUGAUCCGCUACCAAAAACAGCUGCAGGAGAACUACGUGCAGAUGUAUCGCAGGAACAGAGAGCUGGAGCAGCUCCUGCAGGAGCUCAGCCUGGAACUGGAGAGCAGAGAGGAGGACGAGGGCAGCGGCAACGAGAUCAACUUUGAUGAGAUUGCUGCAACAGAAAUCUGAUCCUCAUGGAUGUCUUUUUUUUUUUUUUCCUUUUUUUUUUUCUUUUAUUUGCACUACAUUUAACACCCCACCUCCCUUCCCCUGAAGCAAUAUCUUGUGUUCUUUAUGUGACUAA